UUUUAAAGUGAUCCUGGAGGAGGGUACAACUAGUAUUGAGCUCUCAGCAUCUGCACACUGAUGCCUCGGACCGUAACGAAAAGCAGCUCUCCCACAUUUCAACUCUGACCUAAAGCGUUUGCAGAGUGCAAGAGAGAGAAAGAGAGAGAGAGAGAGCAGUUGGCAGGAGACAGAGAGAAGCAGCAGGAGGUGGACCAGAGGACUUCUUGUUCCAGUCAGACAGUGGAGACGCUCCAAAUCAAGAGGGUUGAAGUUAGUCUAAGCAAAGUCUUUAGCAAGUCAGUUCCUAGCAACACUGUCCAAAAAAUCUUUGUAUUUUUUUAUUUACUAUUUAAAAAAAUGCUAAAUUUACUUUGGGAAAAAAGAAACUAGACCAAAAGGCUCCACAAAAAGAGUAGCAAGAAAAGAAAAAGUUUAAGUUUAAACACAGGCAAACUAAAGCUGGGUUGAGAUCCAGGAGUCAAGCUGCAGCCAGAGGAAGCCAGUGGGAUGGACCCAGGUGCCAGUUGGAUCAAUCCCCAAGUACCUGCACUGCUGUCUGAGGAGGAGGGCUGAGAAUCUGCUGCCACGACAACCAACCCCUGAAUGAGGAUGAAUGGAGAUGUUCUUUAGGUAAAGCAACACUCCUACUAAAUCGUCUGAGUGAGCUGCAGAAGAACCGAGGUCACAGCUGGACGUGGAGGAGGUCGUGGAGGGGAGUCAGGGGGCCCUGAGCACCGCCGGCGACUCUGGCCCAGAGGACAGAAGUGAACGGUACACUGAGGAGGGACAUCACGGAGGGGAAGAGGUGGCAGGCGUCAGGCGACGCAUGGCCGUCCAGAGGCUGGUUGCGGCAGCAGUGUUGGUGGCACUGCUGUCCUUAGUCCUAAACAACAUUGCAGCCUUCACCCCAAGCUGGGUCCUUCAAGCUCUGGAGGACGGACGCAAGAGGAAUGUGGGACUAUGGAAAAUGUGCCCCGUCGGGGGCCGUGAUGACCUCCAGGGUGCGAGUCAAAGGCAGUGUCAGAGCCUCGGAUGGGGGUCCGAUUAUGCAGGCUACCAAGAAUCCCACAGCACUGUUAAAUUGCAGUUUAACAUGAUGCGAGCGUGCAACCUGAUAGCGACCGUGGCGCUGACUGUUGGUCAGCUGAUCUUCCUUCUCGGCCUGAUGGAGCUGCCCUUUAUUACACAGGAGUCCCAGUGGUGGGAGGAAGCCAUCGCUGCGCUCUUCCAACUAGCUAGUUUUGUGCUGGUGAUUGGUCUAGUUACCUUCUACAGGAUCGGGCCCUACACACACCUUUCCUACUCUUGCUACGUGAACAUUGCAGCCUGCCUCCUGGCCACAAUGGCAGCAGCCAUGCUCAUCUGGAACAUUUUACACCGACGAGAUGACUGCCUAGCUCCACGGGUUAUAAUCUUCCCUCCUUCGCUGGCAUCACAUUUUCAUCCACGUUUAGAUAACGACUAUGUAGAGUCACCAUGCUGAGUCGCGACUAAUGGACCAGAGCGUGUUCUCCAUAGCUCCUGUUACACUUUGGCUAGAUGUCUGUGAUGGGACUCUAAAGACUACAUGCAUCCCUGUGGCUCCACAGAGGCUGGAUACUUGUUCUUACAGCAAAUGGUUUCUUCUGCUCCCAUCCCUUUAAAUAUAACCAAAUUAUUGCUGCUUAAAGCACAAGCACAUAUUUAUCCCAAAAUACCGCGAAGCAGCCCUAAAACAUACAUUCAUACCGUUUGUCAUUAAAAUCACCCUAAGGUGAGCUAAAUGGUUGCUAACAUGGAAACCUGGGUGUGGACUGCUUUCAAUGCAUCUUUGUAAAGAGAUCAAGCUGGAACUUGACAUAUUUUUAUAAAACGCACUUAUUGAAUGCUCCCUGACAGAAUUAAGAAUUGGGAAUGAUAAUACCAGAUUACCUCAUACUUGUCUCCAUCCAUUAAAGUGUCUUAUAAUGUAA